AUGUCACAGGAGGGCACCGCCACACAGAGCCUCAAAACCAAGAGAUCUGCAGACCGAGCGAUCAGAUGCCUCCGCCGUGAUGGAGCGCUGGCGUGGCCCUUUUGCAGUGCCAGCCGCGUGCCCAGGUCGGGGUCAGAUCCGAGGCGCCAGCCGAGUGAGCCCACGUCCGAUGUAUCGGACGGUGGCUCCCCUGACGGUCUUGGCGGGCUGGGCAGGGCGAGGGGUUCGAUGGCCUGGGCCUUGGAGACUCCGAAAAACAAGGAGGAAGAUGCGUUCCAGGACGGCCCAGUUACGCUUCACUUCUUCUCGGAUGCCAACUUCCAGCCACUGCGCGACCACUUCGUGGGGUCAGUGGUGGAUGAUCGCAUAGAACUGCGGGAGACUUUUGUCGAGGACCUGUGUGUCAUCAAGCGCCGCACGGCGGGUGGCGUCCCAAUCUACAAGUUCAAAACGAAGCUUCUGCUGGACGCUCUGGAGCAUGCAGCCCCCGAGGAAGUACUGCUCAUCUCAGAUGUCGACAUCCAGUUUUUUGGUGAGGUCCUUCCGCUUGUCCGGGAGGGUAUUGCCGGACGAGACAUGUGCCUCCAACGAGAGUUCACCAAGCUGGGCGUGAACAUCGGCUUUAUGGCUAUCAGACGGACUGCGGCUAGCAUGAGGUUUUGGCAGUCGGUUUGGGAUGAGCUUCCAAGCGGGCGCCAUGACCAGCGCAUCGUCAACAACCUGCUGUACACUUCGCAAGUGCCCGGCAUAAGAUGGGGAUGCUUUCCUCCUGCAAUCUGGGCUUCUUCUCAGGCCUUUGACAGCGAGUGCGUGCCCGAGCAGAUCCUUCUCCAUCAUGCAAACUGGGUCGUUCGCGACUACCACGCGAACCCCGAAAGUGCGGACGCAUCCAACCCGCAGGCGAAGCUGCAGCAGCUGCUUGAGCUUCGCGCGGCUGUGCAGGGAGACGCCGAGAGGAAGCUGGAGUUCUUCCGUGGCAUCUCCUCAGAUCCCGACCUGGCAGACUACCACCAGAGGACCGUUGGUGACUUGAGAUAUGGGCCAGAGUGGACCACACUGCCGGCCGGCCAUCCCACACGACGCGGCGGCUCUCGGAGAGAAGUGGCCAUGAGGCAGCAGGCGAAGGAGUAA